AUGCCCACCACUUGUAAAAUUGGAUUUGGAACUCCUUUUGGGCUGAGACGAAACUUCUGCUUCAAGGCCCGGGAACUCCAAUCACAUAGCCCAGGCCAUCAUUGUAUAUCAACUGGCGCAAUCGAUUCCUGAAAGUAGAAUAGCUGAGCUACCAUCAAAGUUUCAACUUCCAGUUUUUCGCAGUUACAAAUCACGAGAGCCUUGAGAUUGAUCAAUCACCAUAUAGCUCAACACACAGGUCAGAGGUUGUCAGCCAUUCUCUAAAUGAAGACAGACAUUGCCUGCCAACCAAAAGUAUUCAUAACGAAGGCAAAGUAGUUGAAGGAUACUAGACGAUGGCGCUAAGGCGUAUGCUUGGAUUCUCUGAUGGAGAAUUGAUGAGGUCAGAUGCAAAACCCUGUUCCCGACUGAUGAGGCAAACUGCUGGCAUUUUUACAGUGGGAGGAGGACUGGGCUUUUGGGUCCUCUGCCGCUUGCACUAUGGUCCUAGAAUCACAGUUCCUAGAAGUCUUAGGUGGGCUGCUUGUGGCGCCAUCUCUACAAGUACAACCACAGCUCUGCUAGUUCGUCUAUUCAGUCCUGAAUGUGAACCCCAAAACAUAGCUGCUUAUGACCGGAAAAAGUAAUGUUGGUUCUUGCAAAUUCUAUUUGUGUGCUACAGAAACUGGAGAAUCAAUUUCAAAACAAUCAGACUAGAGAAUGCAUGAGCUACAUUGUAUUGCUCUGGGUUUAAAAAGACGAUGUUGUCAUCUAUAAGAUUAAUCGACUUACAUUAA